UGAUGUUUAGCAGACAUUGAAAUCGAUUGGGCACACAUGAACUUAAUAUUCAUGAAAAUAGCAAGCGCUUAUAAAAAUCACACCCUACUAUCAGGCAAGACCAGUUACUUGCCCUGUAAAAUAUGCCUUAUUGGUUUCUUUUAAUGGUUAAUUCUGCUAUUGCCCUGGCCUGGUCCAGUAAUGAGCGGGCUUGCAAAAGUUGGGGUAGGGUUGAUUUAUUGGGUUUGUCGAAGGAUGGAGAUAUCACAUUGGGUGGCAUCUUUCCAAUGCACUCUUACCACGUUGAGCAUCGAGACCUCUCAUUCAGCAGUCACUUGGAGCCGGCAAAAUGCCUCAGCUUUCAGUUCAGACACUUCCGUUUCGCGCUGGCGAUGAUUUUUGCCAUAGAGGAAAUAAAUAACGACACAGCUCUGCUUCCUGAGGUCACUCUGGGAUACCGCAUAUAUGAUUCUUGUAAUUUGCCCCAGUUAUCGUUAAAAGCAGCCUUGGCGUUUCUAAACAAACCUGAGGCAAAUGCACAUUCUGCCAACUGUAAAAGCUCCUCCAUUGUUUCUGCGAUUGUCGCUGAUUCUGGAUCUACGCAGACUUUAGCAAUAGCACCUUCCAUCGGUACCUUCAGAAUCCCUAUGGUAAGCUACUUUUCUACUUGUGCGUGCCUAAGCAAUAGAAAGGAAUAUCCGUCAUUUUUUCGAACAAUACCGAGUGAUUACUAUCAGGUUCGAGCAUUAGCCCAGCUGGUGAAGCAUUUCGGAUGGACCUGGAUUGGGACAGUUAAGAGCGACGAUGACUAUGGAAACUUUGGAAUGCAAGCAUUUGAAGAAGCAGUCCAACAAUUUGGUAUUUGUAUAGCCUUUUCUGAGUCAUUUCACAAAUCAUACACUCGAGAUAAGUUACUGAAAACAAUUGACACCAUAAAAACAUCUUCUGCAAAUGUUGUUGUUGCCUUUGUGGAAGAAUCAAACAUGCAUAUUCUGCUAAAAGAAAUGAUUAGACAAAAUGUCAGCGGCAUACAAUGGAUUGGAAGCGAAUCAUGGGUUUCCACAUUUCUUCUUACUCCGGAGGAAAGUAAAAAGAUUGCUUCUGGUGCAAUUGGAAUUGCAAUUCACAAAGUCAGUAUACCAGGAUUGAGGGAGUUCCUCAUGAAAAUUCAUCCAUCCUUAUAUCCAGGGAACCUCUUGGUAAAAACGUUUUGGGAAAGUUGUUUCAGCUGCAGUGUAAGUGGUGGAAACAAAACUAAUUCUCAAAAAACUGACGCAGAGCUAAAGGAAUGCACAGGGAGAGAAAAUCUACAGAAUGUCCAAAAUGAAUUUACUGAUGUGUGGCAGUACAGAGUCACUUACAACGUGUAUAAAGCAACUUAUGCGAUAGCUCAUGCACUUCACAAUAUGGCAUCGUGUAAAACAGGGAAAGGACCUUUUUUCAAUGGAAGUUGUGCAAAUCUUUCAAAUUUUCAACCAUGGCAGUUGCUAUAUUACAUGAGAACAGUGAGUUUCAUAACCAAGAUCGGGGAAAAGGUUUAUUUCGGUGAAAAUGGAGACCCUGUCGCAACAUAUGACAUUGUAAACUGGCAACCAAAUGCCCUCGGUAAUGUUGACAUUGUAAGCGUUGGGCACUAUGAUGGGUCGGCUCGUUCUGGAGAAGAGUUUUCGAUAACAGAAGAGGCAAUCGUUUGGAGUGGUGGUCAGAAGUUGGUUCCUAAAGCUGUUUGCUCUGAAAACUGUCGUCAAGGGACAAGGAAAGCAGAAAGAAAAGGACAACCCAUUUGCUGUUUUGAUUGCAUAAAAUGUGCACACGGUGAAAUUAGUAACACAACUGAUGCUGUUCAUUGCAUUAAAUGUCCAUUGGAAUUCAAAUCUAAUGAAAGACGGGACCAGUGCAUUCCAAAAGAAAUUGUGUUUCUUUCCUUUUUCGAGACAAUGGGAAUCGUUUUGGUGACACUGGCGCUGUUGGGAGCCUGUGCCACUGUUGUUGUAUUUGCAAUAUUCUAUGUCUGUCGGCACACUCCAAUUGUUAAGGCUAAUAACUCUGAGUUAAGCUUCCUUCUUCUUUUUGCCCUGACAUUUUGUUUUCUGUGUUCAAUUACAUUCAUCGGUGAACCUUCAGUUUGGUCUUGUAUGCUCUGCCAUGUCACCUUUGGUAUUAGUUUUGUUCUUUGCAUUUCUUGUGUAUUGAGUAAAACAAUUGUUGUGGUGAUGGCAUUCAAAGCAACAUUUCCCAGCAAUAAUAUGAUGAAGUGGUUUGGACCAAGACAACAACGGCUGAUGGUUUACAUCCUCACACUGGUACAAUGUGCAAUAUGUACUACCUGGUUAAUUGUAUUUCCACCGUAUCCUUUGAAAAACACCAGUCACUCGAAUGAGUUAAUCGUGUUUGAGUGCAAUGUAGGAUCUUUGUUCGCCUUUUAUUGUGUUUUUGGUUAUAUUGGAUUUUUGUCCUGCAUGUGUUUUGUGGUAGCAUUUCUCGCUCGCAAACUUCCAGAUAACUUCAACGAAGCGAAACACAUAACAUUUAGCAUGCUAAUCUUUUGUGCAGUUUGGAUAACUUUCAUUCCAGCGUACAUAAGUUCGCCUGGGAAAUAUGCUGUGGCGGUUGAAGUAUUUGCUAUUUUGGCCUCCAGCUUUGGUCUACUAAUUUGCAUUUUUGCUCCCAAAUGUUAUAUUAUUCUUCUGAAGAAAGAAAGCAAUACAAAGAGGAACGUGAUGGGAUCAGUGGCUUUGAAAAAAAGCUUUGAAAAUGUUCAUAAAUGAAUUGUGCAUAUUUUAGAAUACAAUUAUUUCGUCACAAAGAUAGUGAAUUGCAAUUCCACAGGAAGAGCCAUACAGCUGAAUGUUUUAAAAGCACCCAUUUUGAACAAUUGAACAAAGUCAUAAGGGUCAGCAGGAAGAUGAAUUUUCAAGUUGAGCUGAUAAUUUGAACCAUUUUAUACAUCUACCCCCAAAUUCCUUUUAAUCGCAAUUGAAAUCUUGAGUCAUCCAUGCUUAUUUAAAUAGGGAGCAAAAUCACUUUUCGUUCCCUUCCCAUUCCUUCAAUUUCUUCAUUGCGUAGAGUUUUGAUUUAGAGCCUUCUUUAUCUAUCAAACAAACUCAGUGUUGAACCUGACGGUGCGAAGUAUGCAAAAUCGAUUCCUCACCUUGGUUUCACAAAACACAAGAUUAACAUGCUAAAUUUGACAUUGAGGGGGUCUGUGAAGGUACAGUGAACUG